AUGCCUCGACCCCGGGUUAAGGACGAGGAUCGGAAAAGAGUCGCGCGCGCGUGCGACACGUGCAAACGACGCAAGGAGAAAUGCGAUGGCCAGUUUCCGUGUCUGUUGUGCAAGCGACGUGGUCGUGAGCCAGAAUGUGUCUUUACAGAGGCCUAUUCCAAACGGGGGUCUACUGCGCCGCGCAAAGAAAAGCCCGCCGCCCAACAGCCGCCCUCGCAACCCAUGACUCUAAAAGACGCCCUGAGUGACUCCAACGAUGCCGAAAUCGCCAUCGAAUCGCUGUUGACGCUCUCCGGGUCCAGGAGCGCUCCCAAGUCGCCACAGUACGACCGGGAGCAGGAUGGAUUGAUCUCGAGGGCACCGGUGCCCAAACUCGCAAGACUUCUCCGCGACGGCAGGGGCAAGUUCAUCUUUGUCGGAGACUCGAGCAAUUUGGCCUUCGUCCAAAACAUCCGCAGGCUCGUCAAGGCGGAAAUCGGUGAAUGCGGCCUCACGUCCGACCCUCUUCGUCAUGCCAUGUGCGAGGUGAUACCCCCACACCAGAUCCCUUCGCCGCUGCAGACCCAACACCCUAAGCCGACUGAGGCGGAGGCGAGGGAUCUGCUCAAACACUACCUGUUGGCCUCGAGCGGUGUGAUCGACCUGUUUGACCCGGACGAGAUUACGGAGCACCUGUGCGUCUGGACGCAGGACUCGACGUCCGACACCGACUUCAACAGCGCCAUCUACUAUCUGAUCAUGGCCAUUGGAGCCAUUUGCCGCAACGCCGGCGACCUAGACCAGGCCGAGUUCUACUUCACGCGAGGCCGAGAGAUCGGUGUGCCCAGCUUCCUCGAGGACCCGAGCGUGCUGACCAUCCAGGCCUACGCCCUCAUCACGUUCUACAUGCUCUCGGCCACGCGCCGCAACGGCGCCUUUAUGUUGCUGGGCAUCGCCGUGAGGGCGGCGUAUGCGCUAGGCCUGCACAGAAGCGACAUCUCCAACCUGUUCGAACCUCGCGAGAGGCUCGCGCGAGAAAGGGUGUGGAAGAGUCUACGCGUGCUUGACCUCUACAUGAGCGGCUCGCUCGGUCGGCCACCCGCCACGUCCGAAGUCGACGGCGGAAGCGUGUCUUGGAACAAGUCUACGCGAGACUACGAGGGGAUACAGAUGAAUGGUCGGAACACGUCGGCGACGCUAAGAAUUUGCUUCAUUUUUGAAAGAAUACUAAAUGAGGUCUACUGCCGCCGCGAGGUCUCGGUGCAGCUCGUGGAAAGCAUAUCGAGGCAAUAUCGGGAUUGGACCAUGCAAUUACCUGCAGGCUUACAGGCCGACAGCCUGGACCAGAAGGCAGGCACCACGGCACCGACAUUGCGGCAAACAAUAGGUAUUGCCCAUCUCAAGUGCCAGUACUAUUGGUCCAUCAUCUUGUUGACCAGGCCUUUCUUAAUCUUCAAGGUGUCGUCCAAGAUCAAAGGACGGCAAGACGAGGACAACACUGCCGGCAGCUCUGUGACCAUGACCCUCAGUGAGGCGUGCAUCGACGCUGCGUUGAGAAGUGUUGAGAUUGCCACUGACCUGGUCCACAUCCCUGGCGUGCCCAAAAGACUGUUCAUGGUCGCCAACAGCGUCUUCAUCUCAGCUAUGGUCAUCGGCUUCGCCAUCUUUGGCGACUUUGACAAGUCCUUUCCCCUGCUGAGCAGCAUUGUUCAAGCAGAGUCCAUCCUUGCCAUGAUGGCCAAGGAUGAUCUCUCCACUCGGCGACACGCCGAGAUCACCAAAAAUCUUCAUCUUGCUGCCUUGGAACAUAUCAAGAGGCGUGACCAGAUUCAAAUGCAGAAGCGACGACAAGAUAUCCUCAACAUCUUUGGCGAUCCUAUCAACAAAGGUAACGGGGUAAGAUCCACAGGAACCACGACCGGAGACCAAACUCCAGUCGACACCGGAAAGGCGCCACUGACAGACCAGACCAACGGUCUGGGGGAUUUCGACACCACCGAGCAGCUUGAAGAUGCGCCGCCGCCAUGGCAAUUGCGCUUCGACAUGCCGCCCGAAAGCCGUGGACCGGUGCUCACCACGUCUGGAGCGUUGGCUUAUAACGGUGAGGACGGAGGGGACCAACUGCAGAUGCUUCCGCGACAGGAUUUCAGCCAAAUGCACGACGCAGAUGGUCUCUCACCGGACGGGUCGGGGGUGCCGAGUCUGCCAUCCUAUGCCGAGGAGUUCCCGCUUUUCUCGUUAAUGACGGACUUUGAUCAACUGCAGGACCCGUUUCCACUGCCAGGACCUUGA